CCCUCCUCAGACGCUAGGAGCUGUCCGCGGUGCUGAAGCCUCGGCUGCCUUCUCUCUCCAUGUGCCGACAGCUCACAGUCAGGAAUCCGCUUACUGAGCGUUCAAAUUAAACAGGGACCUCCGCAUUUCACUUGAUUAUUCUCGACUGUCUUCACUCUGCGAAUUACCGAGGAAGUCCAAGAGCAAACCGUGCGCUCCUGUUCCUACCCUUCAGACGUUAAAACCCUCGCUUUGUUCGCUUUAUGUAGAUUUUUCUCUCCCCCUCGCUGGAAGUAUUCUUUUUAACACAAGGACGUGCUCUGUAUAGCUACGCAAAAAGCGACCUCGACUUUAGUAGACAUGUGUAUGAGACGAGAUUGCCAAUUUAAGACCAUCUUCGCGGUUUUGGUUCUCACCGCCGCCGUGGUCGAAAUCCAUGGACAAGGUUCGAAGGAAAGUAACAGAAUUGGAAAAAGGACGCUGGAACCAGACAGGGAUCUCUUCACACACUUGCCAACACAGGACACAGAAAGCGAAGUCCGUUCGGUCACCACUGUCUCACCGAUGAACGUCCCCAACCACCAGCCUUUCCUCAGGGGCCUGCUGCUUCACGAACACCUGCUUACACGGAACUUCCAGGGAGACCAGCAUUUUUUUCGGAAGGAUGGCUCUGUGGCUGGCUAUCCCACCAUGCCAGGCUCUGUCUCGGCUCCAAAUGCGGGAGACCCUGUCACUCAACUCGUGCCCCAUGAGGAUGCCCCGGCCUUCUCAGACGUCGCCACUACCGCCACCGUAGCAGCCACCUCUCCACUGAUCACAUUUCCUCCCACAACACCAGCAUCGCCCAUGUCUCUCCCUCAAAAGAAGUCAUCUAAGGAGAAGACCAGAGUAGAGCCAACAACAGACUCCCUCACCACUCAAGUGACACCACAAAAUAGAGGUUCGGGCAGUGAGAGCAACCCAGCGACUCCCUUAUCCUCACGGGACAGUCAGCCUCGAAGCUGGAGUACUUUUCCCGUAGAUGCCACCCUUGCACCCUCCUCAAUGAGGAUGGAGAAAGGGGAAGGUAGAGAAACAGCACAAAAAAAUAAAACCGGUCCUGAUCAUCUCCUUCCCAAGCAAACUUCAGCGUCACGAGAAGAAGGUACCACAACGACAUCCACAAGCGUCAUCACAACUACCACUAUCACCACCAUGCAAACAUCAGAGCCGUGCAGUCUGAAUUUCACUGACCCUGAGGGUAACAUCGAAAUCCUACAGCAUCUUGACUCUGGAGUGGAGUGUACCUACUUGAUUACUGUCUACCUGGGAUAUGGCAUCGAGGUUCAGGUGCUAAAUGUGAGUGUGUUGGAGGGGGAGCAAGUCACAGUGGAGGAUACAGGAGGUCAAGAACCCGUCAUCCUUGCCAAUGAGACAGUCUUGAUGAGGGGCCUUGUACUGCGCAGCUGGAGCAACCAGAUCUCCAUCCGUUUUCGUAGUGACCAGCGUCACAACUCGGGACUCCUCCUGCUGCAUUAUCAAGCCUUUGUGCUGAGCUGUGCAUUUCCCAAAGAGCCUGCCGGUGGAGAGGUUUCAGUGACGCACCUCCAUGCUGGUGGGGAAGCGUACUUCCGUUGUUUCACUGGAUAUAAGCUGCAAGGCCCCAAAAUGCUCACGUGCCGCAACGCAACCACACCUUACUGGAGCGGGAAAGAACCUCGAUGUGUGGCUUCCUGUGGGGGAAUGAUAAAAAAUGCCACCUAUGGUCGCAUCGUCUCUCCCGGUUUCCCUGGCAACUACAGCAACAAUCUGACUUGUCACUGGGUCCUGGAGGCCCCGGAAGGCCAACGGCUCCACAUUCACUUUGAGAAGGUGGCUCUGGCAGAGGAUGAUGACAGGUUGCUCAUCAAAAAUGGCAACAACAUAGACUCUCCCCCUGUGUAUGACUCCUAUGAGGUCGAAUAUCUCCCCAAUGAGGGUGUGCUCAGCACCGGACGUUACCUGUUUGUGGAGUUCACCACUGACGGAACGAUGACUUCCACCGGUGCAGCCAUCAGAUACGAAGCUUUUGCAAAAGGAAUGUGCUAUGAGCCCUUUGUGAAGUACGGCAACUUCAGCAGCAGCGACUCCACCUACAGUGUGGGUGCAGUGGUUGAAUUCUCGUGUGACCCUGGCUACACGCUGGAGCAAGGUUCUGUCGUGAUUGAGUGUGUCGAUGCGCAAAACCCACAGUGGAACGAGACCGAACCGGCCUGUAGGGCUGUGUGCAGUGGGGAGAUCACAGACUCUGCUGGUGUGGUGUUGUCUCCUAACUGGCCCGAGGCCUAUGAUAAGGGGCAGGACUGCAUCUGGGGCAUCCAUGUGGAAGAAGACAAGAGGAUCAUGCUUGACAUCCAAGUCCUCCAUGUGGGUAAGAAUGACCUGCUGACCUUCUAUGAUGGUGAUGACCUGACAGCCAAUAUCCUGGGCCAGUACAGCGGCACAAAGCCACACUUCAAGCUCUACACCUCCAUGGCCGAUGUGACUGUUCAGUUUCAGUCAGACCCUGCCACCAACAUCUAUGGCUACAACAAUGGAUUUGUGGUUCAUUUCUUUGAGGUGCCAAGGAAUGACACCUGCUCGGAGCUGCCGGAGAUCACCAACGGCUGGAAGAGCACGUCCCACCCUGACCUCAUUCACGGCACCGUCAUCACCUACCAAUGCUACCCCGGCUUUGAACUGGUCGGCUCCGAGAUCCUCAUGUGCCAGUGGGAUCUCACAUGGAGCGGGGAUGUGCCACGGUGUGAGGAAGUCUUGACAUGCCAGGACCCUGGAAGCGUGGAGCACAGUCGUAAAGUGAUCGCAGGCACCCGCUUCACUGUAGGAUCCACUGUGCAGUUUAUCUGCAAUAAAGGCUACAUCCUGUCAGGCUCCGGCCUCCUCACCUGCUACAACCGAGAUUCAGCCACUCCCAAAUGGAGCGAGAGGCUGCCCAAGUGUGUCCCUGAAAAGUACGAGCCAUGCAGGAACCCUGGUGCUGCGUCCACCAGCGUGCAGAGCUCUGAAAAGGCCUUUUAUCAAGCGGGAGAGACGCUGACCUUCUCCUGCCACACCGGCUAUGAGCUGCAGGGUGAGGCCACCAUUUAUUGUAUCCCCGGACACCCGUCACAGUGGAACAGCACUCCUCCUGCCUGCAGAGUUUCCUCAACACAAUAUGUGAAUGAGCGCAGGCUGGAUGUGGUUAACAAUAUGGAUUAUGGGAUGGAGGGAACCAACAUUGCCCUUGCUGUUUUUAUCCCAACUGCAGUCAUCUUGGUGGUUGUCCUCUCGAUUUAUGUCUACUUUGCAAAACUCCAGGGGAAGUCUAUCAGAAUGCCAACAUCCUCGCCGCCGUACGACAACAUGACAGAAGAGUCGGCUUUCGACAACCCUAUAUAUGAGAGCGGACACUGGCAGGCUCAUUCUAGAUACUAAACCCUGUCAGUCUGUCCACUUUGGCUGUACUGCAGAGCAACAAUGAGGACAAAUGAAAAACAAAAAAGAUUAAGAGGUGUCCAUUUAGAGACCUUAAAGCAAGAAUUGCUCAAGCUUUGCCUUUUGGGACCCUCUCUGCACUGCUCAUCUUUUUCUCCAGCAUAAUUUUUUUCUCUGUUCUCAAUUUUUGUUUUCCGUUUUCCCCUCUUUGUGUGUAUUACUGUAAAUAUGUCUUUCUUUCCACAGUCAAAUCUGUGAGUCUGUGGAACACCAUGGUGAUAUUUUUAUAAAGUAAACUGUGGAUGAUCGUCGGUGAUUGUAUGCUUUGGAGUACUUUAUGAAGCCCUGAGCCAGUGGCAAUUAGGGAUUGAGGGAAAUGAUGCUUCAAUUGUUGAGAUCUGUUGGAUACAAAUCCCCCCCAUUGACUGACAUUCUUUGGAAAAUUUGCCAUCAUUACUUUCUUUUCUUUGUGUGUGUAUGGGUCUGCUAUUUGUAAAUAAACUGCCUGUCCAAUAUGAGUGCCUCACGACUGACUAUAACCUGAGAAAUCACAUGUGAAUAUGUUUGUAAAACGGAAUCUUUCGUUUAACUCUCAUUUUGUAUUUGUUGGCCUGGCGUUGUUAGCCCUCUGCACUGUGUUCACUCUUUUCCAUCAUACAGAAAUUUCACAAAUAGUGCAGGAUAUUUUCCUACCAGCUGAUGUUUGGUUCCAACUGCAGGAUUUCUCAAGUUUGCAUUUUGACAUGGGACCCGUCAGCUGUGUGAACGACUGUUCUUAUGUCACACUGUAAAGUCUGAUUCAAAGGAAAAGUAGCGGUUAGUUCAUUUGUGUUUGUACCAGAAUGCGUUUGCACCUCAGCGUCAGCGGGUCCUGAGAUAAGACCCGGUGAAAUCCAGCGAUAAUAACCCCUGGAUUUACGUGAUAUGCUGAGGUUGUUGAGUCAAACACCAGAUUGAUCCCCGUGUUACAAAACAAUUUAAAUUCCGCACUGUGCAACAUAAAUCCAUGUGUAACAGAUGGGUGUUUGCUUGGGUAGCAUUGUGUUGCAUCUGCUUGUGUUAAAAUUUGUAGAUAAAUCUCAUCUCCUUUGUGCAUAUCCUUUAUACUCUAACAAAUGUUUUUUUUCAGCAUCACAGCUUUUGCAGCCACACCCAGGAAACCAAAUCACCUUCAAAUAUAUAAAUAUAUAUAUAUAAUCCUCUGAUUAACAAUAAAAUAAACUGUUGUUUAAAGUA